AUGGUGGGCUGUGGAGGUGUGACAGAUGGACUGUCACACGCCUUUGAAGGACACAACUUAUUGUCAGUUGUGAUGAAGAUAGUGGAGGGGGAAACCCCCAGACUGACAGCCAGCUACUCUCUGGAGCUCAACGCACUCAUGCAAAGGUGAGAAGGUAUUCGCUGGAGAAUGUACACUCAAUAACACAUAGGUCAGAGUCCAAUUCUCUCACGUAGUGCUUCAAAGUGUACAAAAAGAUACAGGAUAAAGAAACUCUUACCCUACUUCAAACCCUUAACUUAGCCAUAACCAUAGACUGUCUCUCUUUUUGGUCCCAGGAUGCUGGAGAAAACCCCGUUGUCCAGGCUCUCUGCUGCAGAAGCUCUGAAGACAAAUUUCAUUGAGGACAGUAUGCAGGUUAGACCUAUCCUGGAAACAUAACACACAUCACAACAAUAUAAAUACUUCUUAAGGCUGACUGAUUGGUUGGUUGAUUGAUUGGGGUGGCUCCAAAGGUCAAAUGGGCGGAGCUACGGUACCAGAAUCACAGACUAAUCAAGCCUAUUGGCUGGUUGGAAAUACUCAAUGCUAAAUUGACUUCCUGUCAUAGUUCCCUUUUUUCCACAACACAUUUUCUGUGUUCAUGACCUUUUCUACCAUGACAGGUUAGAAAAUCAGUAUUUCAUCUGUCGUCCACAUUCUUUUUGACAAUUAUGAACGCAUGCACACAUUCAUAUACGCAUAAUGUGUCUUACACACACACACACACAGGAAUAUGAAGCUCACUGAAACGUAAAGCCAGCUAAGCUCAUGUGAGAUGUCAAAUAAUGUACUGUAUCUGACAAGCAUGUAUGUAAAUGUCCACAUUACAUGGACACGUCUGGUGGUCUGUGUUUAGUUUCUGCCUUGUGCAGUUUGGUAACCUGACUGUACAUGAUGUAUUCUGUUCAUCUUUCUGUCUUUCAUCACUGCAUUUUAUGCAUUGCAUUUCUCUCUAGCACCUAUGGCUGAAUGUGCAAGUAAAGUGUAUGAUGUGGCUAUCCCCUUGUUUGUCUGUAUGCUAGCCUGACACUGUUGUGUCUCCUUCUCGGUAAACAUGGUCAUUAGUGUUGCCUGGCUGUUCUGUGAUGACAUACAACACAAUGGUUAUUUGAUGUCUCUUUUCUAUCUCUCCUCCUCCGUCUCUCCUCCAUCUCUAUCCCUCCAUCUCUCCCUCUCCUCCUCCAUCUCUAUCUCUCCUCCUCCAUCUCUCCCUCCGCCUCCUCUAUCUCUCCUCUUCCAUCUCUCCCUCCGCCUCCUCCAUCUCUCCUCCUCCAUAUCUCCUCCUCCUCCAUCUCUCCUCCUCCAUCUCUCCUCCUCUCUCUCCUCCUCCAUCUCUCCUCCAUCUCUCCCUCCGCCGUCUCUCCUCCUCCAUAUCUCCACGCCUCCUCCUCCUCCAUCUCUCCUCCUCCUUCUCCAUCUCUCCUCCUCCAACUCUCCUCCUCCAUCUCUCCUCCUCCAUCUCUCUUCCUCCUCCAUCUCUCCCUCUAUUUGUAUCCAGUGUGGGGCGUGACUGGUGUCCAUGACAAGUUUCUUCUAUUGUCCUGUGAAUAUUCCCUCCCUCUCUCGCGCUCUAUCGCUCUCUUUCUCUAUCGCUCUUUUUCUCUCUUCCUCUCUCUCACUCUCUCCCCUGUGGUUUACCCUCCAUGUCCCUCUUUUCUCUUGUUAAAAGAUUUCAGUGAGAGAAUGCGGGACACAGAGAUAGUACCACCCUCUAUAAUGCUGAGAGAGAGAGAGACACUAGACUGUUAGUAAUAAAGCAAUAAUAUUGAUCAUGUCAACCUUUAUCUCUCUCUUUCUCUUUUAUUCUCUCUCUUUCCCCCUCCCUUUCUCUUUCUCUGUCUUUCUCUCUCUCUCUCUCCAGAUCUUAAAACACAAGUUCUGCAGUCUGACACUGAGAGACAAGUCAUCGGCAGUAGAAAGAGACGCAGCACAGAUAUUGAAAGCGAUGUAAGGACAUGCUCUAUAUUCUGUAUGGUUUGUCUUUGGUUUGGGUUAUUAAGAGAAUAACUAAAACCACUAUCAUCCUCAGACAUGAAGAAUGAACACUGGCUCCUCAGUUUAGAGCUAUGUGGCUGCAUCAGUACAGAGGGAUUUUCAAGCAUUUACCCAAACACACACAAAUACUGCCAUACUCUGUCCCUCUACAUAACCCCCUCUCUAUCUUUCUCUCUCUCUCUCUCUCUCAAUCUCCCUCUCUCUCUCUCACUUCCUCACACUCACAUUUUCUCACUCACUCAGACAUGGAAGCACAGUUAGUAGCAGCUGUCUCUUAAACAAACCAGACCGUCACUGAUUCAAACUGGCACCAAUCAGGGAAGGUGCCUGUCAUCAUUAGCUUAGCUGGCCACACACUCCUAGAUGUCAGAGCAGCCAGGUGUAACAUGCUACAGAGAAAGCCCAGAUUAGGUCUAGGUUUUAGCAUUAACCACACCCAUCUCUUUAGGAUUGCCACGAUCAUGUCAUUUGGUGCCUGACAGACCGCAUCUGUAAUGACUUGCCAAGGUGCCUUGGUAGCAUAUGGACAAUGCGAUAUGGUUGUGAGAAAUUGUGAUUAACUUGAGAUUAUGCAUGAUAUGAUUCUCUGAUAUGAUGUUACGCUUAUUAACUGGUCAGUGACAUGAUUGUGUUAUUCCACUUUUUACAUACUUCCCCUGAUGACUUGUUUAAUGGAAUUCUACACACCUUAGAGUUAGAGUUAGAAUUGUGGUUGAACUGGGAGGUGGACACGAAGCUAGGGUUAGGGUUGAACUGGGAGGUGGACAUGAAGCUAGGGUUAGGGUUGAACUGGGAGGUGGACAUGAAGCUAGGGUUAGGGUUGAACUGGGAGGUGUACAUGAAGCUAGGGUUAGGGUUGAACUGGGAUGUGGACAUGAAGCUAGGGUUAGGGUUGAACUGGGAUGUGGACAUGAAGCUAGGGUUAGGGUUGAACUGGGAUGUGGACAUGAAGCUAGGGUUAGGGUUGAACUGGGAGGUGGACAUGAAGCUAGGAUUGAACUGGGAUGUGGACAUGAAGCUAGGGUUAGAGUUGAACUGGGAUGUGGACAUGAAGCUAGGGUUAGGGUUGAACUGGGAUGUGGACAUGAAGCUAGGGUUAGGGUUGAACUGGGAUGUGGACAUGAAGCUAGGGUUAGGUUUGAACUGGGAUGUGGACAUGAAGCUAGGGUUGAACUGGGAUGUGGACAUGAAGCUAGGGUUAGGGUUGAACUGGGAGGUGGACAUGAAGCUAGGGUUAGGGUUGAACUGGGAUGUGGACAUGAAGCUAGGGUUAGAGUUGAACUGGGAUGUGGGCAUGAAGCUAGGGUUAGGGUUGAACUGGGAUGUGGGCAUGAAGCUUGGGUAAGGGAUGUGGUUGGGGUUAGGGUUGGGAUGUGGACAUGAAGCUAGGGUUAGGGUUCAAAUCAAAUUUGUCACAUGCGCCGAAUACAAAAGGUGUAGACCUUUCCGUGAAAUGCUUACUUACAAGCCCUUAACCAACAAUGCAGACUUUUUUAAAAGUAAGUAAGAAAAUAUUUGCUAAAAAUAAAAUAAAUAAACUAAAGAAGAAUAAAAAAAAGUAGCACAGUAAAAUAACAAUUACAAGGCUAUAUACAGGCAGUACAGGGACCCAGUCAAUGUGUGGUACCGGGACCCAGUCAAUGUGUGGUACCGGGACCCAGUCAAUGUGUGGUACCGGUACCCAGUCAAUGUGCGGUACAGGUACCCAAUGUGCGGUACCGGGACCCAGUCAAUGUGCGGUACCGGGACCCAGUCAAUGUGUGGUACCGGUACCCAGUCAAUGUGCGGUACCGGGACCCAGUCAAUGUGCGGUACAGGGACCCAAUGUGCGGUACCGGUACCCAGUCAAUGUGCGGUACAGGGACCCAGUCAAUGUGAGGUACCGGUACCCAAUGUGCGGUACCGGGACCCAAUGUGCGGUACCGGGACCCAGUCAAUGUGCGGUACAGGGACCCAGUCAAUGUGCGGUACAGGGACCCAGUCAAUGUGCGGUACCGGUACCCAAUGUGCGGUACCGGGACCCAGUCAAUGUGCGGUACCGGGACCCAGUCAAUGUGCGGUACUGGUACCCAGUCAAUGUGCGGUACAGGGACCCAGUCAAUGUGCGGUACUGGUACCCAGUCAAUGUGCGGUACCGGUACCAGUCAACGUGCGGGGUACAGGUUAGUCAAGAUAAAUCAAGGUAAUAUGAGGCUAGGGUUGAACUGGGAUGUGGACAUGAAGCUAGGUUGAGGGUUAGGUUUAGGGUUAGGGCAUAAAUUCUGGUUAGAGGAUCGUGGGAGACAGAUUUGAAUCUCCAAUUAAUAUCCCUCUGGAUUAGAUAAUCUCUUUCACAUGUAAAUUGUUUGUCUGAUUACUGCCCAUCUCACUCUAAAUGACCUUGUUACAUACAUUACAUGUUGAAAGACGUAUUUACAUUUACAUAGGAAGUGACCUCCAAAAGGUAAACACUAUAAUUAAAUCAAACCCACCACACUGGAGUGUUUACAGUGCACAGUAUCUCUUUUUGCCAUGGUAAAUUCAAAAUCCCAUUAAGACAGCAAAUAUACAUUUUUUAAUGAACAGAGCAGAGGUAAUUGUGUGUAGGAGUAUCUGACCUCUGACCUAUCUUACUCACCAAUGCUCCAGCCCUCCCAACCUCUGACAGUUGCCCUUUGCCCUUUGAACAGGCAGAGGAAGGUGCACCUGCAGACACUGAGGGAGAAGUCAGAGCUAGACAGAAUGACCCCCAGGGAGAGAAUGAGGCUGAGGAAGCUGCAGGCUGCCGACGACAAGGCCAAGAGGCUUAGGUAGGACAACCACACACACAAACACACACACACACACACACACACACCAUUCAUUCAUUCGGUCCAUGACCAGUAUAGAGCCUGUGAGGUCCCGUUGGGAUUCUCCUGGGGCUGAUGCAUGGCUGGGUUCCCUUUAAAGAUGAGGAGAGAUUUGUGUAAAUGCAUUCUCCCCUGCCCUAAUUUCCUUGGGCUGAACUGUGUUGGAGACCUGUCUACAGGGAACGGUACUGAGAGCGACAGAAUGGGAUAGAUGGGAAGGACAACAGGCCAGGCAACAGGGCUAGUAAAGCGCUCUAUGGAGUUCUAUCUUUUAGCAGGACGCUGAUAUUAUACAGACCAUGACCUUCUCUCUCUCCUACUCUCCCUGCCCUCUCUCUCUCCCUCUUCUUCUGCCUCUCACUUUAUAUCUCUUUAUUUAACUCUCUCUCUCUCUCUUUCCUCCUCUCUCCCUCUUUCCCACACCCUGUUGUUUCUGGUUGAUAACUAGAGUGGUAUGACUUCCUAGUCUUAAUGACCAACAUAACCCACUACUACCUCACUUUUAUAUUGUGUUGCAUCAUUCAUCUACAGGUAACUGCCAAAAUAAAGGAAACAUCAACAUUACAUUUACAUUUUAGUCAUUUAGCAGACGCUCUUAUCCAGAGCGACUUACAGUUAGUGAGUGCAUACAUACUUUUAUUUUUCAUACUGGCCCCACGUGGGAAAUUAUCCCACAACCCUGACGUUGCAAACGCCAUGCUCUACCAACUGAGCAUCCCUGCCGGCCAUUCCCUCCCCUACCCUGGACGAUGCAGAGCCAAUUAUGCGCCGCCCCAUGGGUCUCCCGGUCGCAGCCGGCUACGACAGAGCCUGGAUUCGAACCAGGAUCUCUAGUGGCACAGCUAGCACUGCGAUGCAGUGCCUUAGACCACUGCGCCAGUGUCUUAAUAGGGUGUUGGGCAACCACGAGCCAGAACAGCUUCAAUGCGCCUUGGCAUAGAUUCUACAAGUGUCUGGGACGCUAUUGGAGGGAUGCGACACCAUUCUUCCAUGAGAAAUUCCAUCAUUUGGUGUUUUGUUGAUGGUAGUGGAAAACGCUGUCUCAGGUGCUGCUCCAGAAUCUCCCAUAAGUGUUCAAUUGGGUUGAGAUCUGGUGACUGAGACGGCCAUGGCAUGUGGUUUACAUUGUUUUCAUGCUCAUCAAAUCAUUCAGUGACCACUUGUGCCCUGUGGAUGGGGGCAUUGUCAUCCUAUCGGGGCAUAGCCAUGGUAGCCAAAAUAAUGGCCAAAAUUGUAAGGGUUGGUGUGAGGUGUGACCCAGGUGCGGUGCAGGAUAGACAGUAGGCAUUAGGCAGAGAUGGUGAAACAAGGAUCUCUACUGAUGGUCCCGAAGCCAGGAUACAAAAUAACAGACUUUACAAGAAAAAGAAAGGCGGCGCAAAUAAGACUCCAAAAAACAGGCUGACAGCCAAAAUACGAAAUACUAACUGUGACUGAAAUAAUAAAUAAACAGGGAGAACACUUCUCACGUACCUGUCCAUACGUCCCGCGAUCAGACACUGAUUAGUACUGCUAGGCAUAGUGAAACUAGCAGAGAAAACUGAGCAAGGGAACACAAGGAAGUGAGGGCAUAAAUACACAGGUGAACAGGUAGACACAGGUGACACCAAUAGGAUCAUGAUUAGUCCAGACUGUGAGUGAGGAGGUGCCUAAGGUUGUUGGAGGAUGACACCUAGUGGGUCGCUCCGGAACUGCGACCCCCUCCUGUAACAGUGCCCCCCCCGACGAAUGGCCCCAGCUGUUCAACUCAGCGCCUCCGGGUGGAGGCGACGGAAUGUUGUUAUCAGCCCUGGGUCCAGAAUGUCCCUCCGACCGCUCCUCCGGCCCACAACCCUCCCAGUCCACCAGAAAUUGGAGACUCCUCCCCACCCGCAGGCAGUCCAGGAUCCGGUCCACAGUAAAAGCCGGCUGCCCUCCGACGAGGUGCAGCGGGGGAACAGGACGAGGAGGGGGAGCCAGGGGACAGGUGGCUACGGGCUUGAGGAGGGACACAUGGAAAGUGGGAUGCACCCGCAUAGUGGGGGGAAGUUGCAGGCGGUAGGCCACUGGGUUGACUCGCCGGACCACUCUGAAUGGCCUGACGAACCGGGGGGGACAGCUUCCUGGACUCCACGUGGAGGGGAAGAUCCCGCAUGGAGAGCCACACCCUCUGUCCCGGGCAAAAGACCAGGGCCGGGCGACGCCUGCGUUCGGCCUGAUGUUCCGACCUGACCGAGGCCCGCUUAAGCGCCGCCCGUACCUGCCUCCAGCAACUGAUGUGGGCCUGAACCGACUGGACCGCCGCCUCCUACUCUUGCUCGGGGAAUAAGGGGGGGGGGGGGGGGGUUGGUACCCGUAUUGGCACUGGAAGGGGGACAGGCCGAUGGACGAGCAGAGAACGGUUUUGUGGGCGUACUCUGCCCACGCCAGUCGCUGACUCCACGUAGCUGGGUUGCUGGAGGCGUAGUACCUCAGCCCCCCGGAUGGCAGGUGAGAUCGGAUACGUGGCUGGGUCCAUCCGUAGGUCCCCCUGGGUGACGAUGAACCCCAGGAAGGAGAAUGUCUCAGUGUGGAACACACACUUCUCCGCCUUGACGUAGAGCUGGUGACGGAGAAAGGCAUUGGAGGACCUGCCGAACGUGCUGCUGGUGUUCACUCAUGUCCUUUGAAAAUAUGAGGAUGUCAUCCAAAUACAUGAAGAAGCUGUAGUCGAGGAGGUCCCGGAGCACAUCAUUGACCAAUGCCUGGAACACAGCAGGCGCGUUGCUAGACCAAACGGCAUGACUUGGUAUUCGUAAUGCCCACUGGGUGUAUUAAAUGCAGUCUUCCACUCGUCCCCCUCCCGAAUCCUCACCAGGUUGUAGGCAUUACAUAAGUCCAGCUUGGUGAAGACCCGGGCUCCCUGCAAUGACUCGAAUGCCGUCGUCAUCAGGGGGAGGGGGUAGCGGUUCUUAACCGUGAUGUCAUUGAGCUUCCGGUAAUCAAUGCACGGCCGCUGCCCACCGUCCUUUUUCCCCACGAAUAAGAAGCCCGCGCCCGCGGGUGAGGUAGAGGGACGGAUGUGACCCUCGACGAGUGCCUCAUUAAUGUACUCCCUCAUGGCCAGCGUCUCCAGCCGGGACAAGGAAAACAAUUGCCCUCAUGUGGGCAUGGCGCCCGGCAGGAGAUCGUUCGCGCAGUCAUAUGGCCUGUGAGGAGGUAGGCCCUUGGCACGCCUCUUACUAAACACCUCCCCCAGAUCCCAAUACACCCGGGGAACGCCUGCCAGGUCUGGGCCGGUGACGGAGUCUGUAUGGCAAUAGGCCAUUCGGAGUGCGGGACCUGGGGAAGAGGUGAGGACUGGUAGGUGGUCUGGGCUGAUAUGUGGUCGGUGGAGACCGGAAUGGGACACGGGGGCGGAGCCUCCCUUCAGGAUGAGCCGCCCCGUGGACCAGUCUAUCCAGGGUUUGUGGGUGACCAGCCAGGGGUGCCCGAGGAUGAGGGGACACUCCGGAAAGUCCACAAUGAAAAACUGGAUAUCCUCCUAUAGCCCUCCCGCCACCCGGACAUGCACAGGGACAGUGCGCUGGGUGAUGAAGCCCGACCCCAACGGCCGGCCGUCCAGGCCCAUGACCGGAACCGGCUCAGAAAGGGAGAGUAACGGAACGCUCCACCCUUGGGCCAGCCCCGCGUCCUUCAGGUUUCCCGCGGCCCCAGAAUCCACGAGUGCAUGCGCCCGACACGCAGCGCGGUCCCACUGAACCCUGACGGGGAGAAAAGUUGGGAGUCUCUGGAGUUGGGGUUUUGGUUCGGGUUUACCCGGCUUCUCCAGGCUGAAUGGUGGGACGUGGAGGCGUGCCUUGCGUCAUGCCUCUCUCGUGCACCCUCUAACGACGCCUAUUGUCUACCCGCACCGAGAGGUUGAUGAGGCCGUCCAGUCGCUCAGGCAGCUCCCUGAAGGAGAGUUCGUCCUCCAUCCCCUCCGAUAGCCCCUGAGCGUAAAGGAUGACCAGGGCGGCCUCCUCCCAUCCUGCCUCUCGAGCCCGGGUCCGGAACUCCAUGGAGUAGUCCGCCACCGAGCGGUCACCCUGCCGACAGGCCGUGAGCCGCCUCCCGGACUCGUGUCCCGACACCACCCGAGAGGUGUCGAACACCUUGCGUAGCUCCCGGGUGAAUAAGUAGGAAUCGGAGCAUGCCGGAGUUUGGCUCUCCCACUCCGCGGUAGCCCAGGAAAGGGCCCGACCCAUCAACAGAGUGAUAAUGUAGGCCACCCGGCCCUGCUCCGUCGGGAAGGAGGAGGGUUGUAGGCUGAAUAUCCGGGAACACUGGGUGAGGAAUUCCCUGCAGCCCUCUGGACGUCCGUCGUACCUCUCCGGAGGUGGUAGGCGGGGUUCCCGCGAUGUCGCAGGCGAGACAGGAGACACGGCUUCCGCUCUGCCGGCUGCGGGGCUGGUCGGGUGUCCACCCGGCUCUGCACGGCGAUCGUCAGCUGGCGGAGAUUCUCAGUGAUCUGCUGCAGGCUGCGGUCGUGCUGGUUCAGCAUGGCACCCUGUGUUCCAAUGUACUAUGAUACUGUGCUGCCUCCGCUGUGUCCAUAUCGGCUCAGUUUUCUGUAAGGGUUGGUGUGAGGUGUGACCCAGGUGCGGUGCAGGUUUGACAGUAGGCAGAGAUGGUGAAACAAGGAUCUUUACUGAUGGUCCUGAAGCCAGGAUACAAAAUAACAGACUUUACAAGAAAAAGAAAGGCGGCGCAAAUAAGACUCCAAAAAACAGGCUGACAGCCAAAAUACGAAAUACUAACUGUGACUGAAAUAAUAAAUAAACCGGGAGAACACUUCUCACGUACCUGUCCAUACGUCCCGCGAUCAGACACUGAUUAGUACUGCUAGGCAUAGUGAAACUAGCAGAGAAAACUGAGCAAGGGAAGUGAGGGCAUAAAUACACAGUUGAACAGGUAGACACAGGUGACACCAAUAUGAUCAUGAUUAGUCCAGACUGUGAGUGAGGAGGUGCCUAAGGUUGUGGGAGGAUGACACCUAGUGGGUCGCUCCGGAACUGUGACCCCCUCCUGUAACACAAAAUAAUGGCUUGCCCAGCAUUUUUAUACCCUAAGAAUGAUGGAAUGUUAAGUGCUUAAUUAACUCAGGAACCACACCUGUGUGGAAGCACCUACUUUCAAUAUAUUUUGUAUCCCUCAUUUAACUCAAGUGUUUCCAUUAUUUUGGCAGUUACCUGUAUAUUAUAAUGUAACACUACAGGAGACUUGCUGAGGAGAAAUACCAGGAAAACCACAUCCGAAUGCAGGAGCUGAGGAGCCGCCAUUUUGAGAAUGUCAGUUUGGACGUAUUGAAUGUAAGAGAGACACAAUUCUAAAAGUUAAAUUAAAAGCUCUCUUAGGAAAUAAUGCAUAUCAUUGGAUGAAAAUUAUAACUUUUUUUUUUCUCUACGACUUUAAUUACUUGAAUUCACUAAUAAUUUAAGUGCAAUUAGUAGCCGGUUCUUUGGCCUGAGUUAAACUCUAAGGGCUUUGAUUCUCCGUGAACAUCGUUUGGUAUUCCCUUAUGGUCUCAUUAACCAAUCACUCACUUCAUAAUUGAAAAAACAUUUUGUCUUGUUUAAAAAAUAAAAUAGAUACUUAUGAGUAAUUGAAUUGAAAACUCCAUCACUUCCACCCAAUAGGAGAGUGCAGGAGAUGCUGUCCACCAGACUGCACCAAUCACAGCCGAGGACUACCGGUCGCUGGGGUGCUCACAACCAAUGGGAAGGCAGCAGCAGGACAGGAUGCGCAUGUCUGAGCCAAUGGGGCGUGGUGAGUAUACUUUCUUCUCCUACCUUUUAUUUCUGUUAACGAUAACCUGCUAUAGCAUCAUGUUGUUAUGCAGUACAUCUUGGUUGGCCUGCAGUACAUCUUGGUUGGCCUGCAGUACAUAUUGGUUGGCCUGCAGUGCAUCUUGGUUGGCCUGCAGUACAUCUUGGUUGGCCUACAGUGCGUCUUGGUUGGCCUGCAGUGCGUCUUGGUUGGCCUGCAGUACAUCUUGGUUAGCCUGUGUCUCUGGUGGUUUCAGACAGAAUAUGACAUUCUCCUGUUGUAUCCUGACAUCUCUGUCUCACCUGAACCUGACUCAGUCCCAAUGUCAAUGUCUGUGGAGAACCAUACCCUCUGUCCCUCUCCUCUCAAAGUGUAAAAAAAGAGGGGAGAGUUCACUUCGAUGUGAAUGGCUGCAUCUUUUCAGACGGGGUGAAAUUAGUUUUUAUCUAAUCAGUUUGUCUAAUCAAAGUUGUCUCAAGCUGAGCGCUGCUGCAUAUUUUGAGGGCAUAAACAGAAAAAGUAUGGUUGCAUUGUGACUAUAUCCCUGAACAUUAAAACGGCAAUCAGCAGUUGAAACAAUAAGAAAGCGUACUCCCCGCCACUGUUUUGGUAAAAGGCUGAGGGAUGGGGCUGGAGAAAUGUAACCACUCUCAAAUUCAUAGGCAGAGCUAUGGAUGCAAGGACUGACCAUCCAUGAUAUCAAAAUGAUAGUUGUAACCAUGUUUUGAAGCUAUACAGUGUUUGUUUACAUUUACUUUGUUUACAAACAUCAGAGUAAAACAAUAUUUUAUUUUGGGUUCUGAUGGGGUACAACAGUUGAACUAAGCUCAUGAGGCAUUUAUAAGUUAUAUUCUUCAAGAAUCAAUGGAUACCAUUAAUUUAUAAAAUGUACUGUAUGUAGCAACUGCAGAAAAGUUUGUUGAAAUUAAACCUUAUGUAAACCCUGAUGAAAAUGUUGCUUUGGCAAAUAAAAACCUGUUUAGUUUUUCCCCAGUACACCUUAAAAUGUGUUGUGUGCUUGAAUCUUCACCAAAUGUUUAUCCUCUAUUUAACAACGCUCAGGAACUUGGAGGAAUACACACACGCACACGCACACACACAUCUCUGUAUCUGUCCACACUGUCAAUACAAACAUGCCAUAAUAAACAGGUAAACACCUUGUAUAUAAACUGUGGGAUCUAGGGAGGUUAGGAGAUUAUUGUCUGCUGUGCUCUGGGACUGUCAUGUAAUUUUCACACACCCAAUCAGGGCCCGGCCCUUCGCCCAAUCACACGCCCAAUCAGGGCUGGCCCUCCGCCCAAUCACACGCCCAAUCAGGGCCGGCACUUCGCCCAAUCACACGCCCAAUCAGGGCCAGCCCUUCACCCGACCCUCUCAGAUCAGUGAAGACCAGGAUUUAAGAAUAAGAAAAUAGGAGACUUCAACAACUGUUGUACUGUAGCAGCUGUAGUGCCCAUCAGGGUUGGGGUCAGUCUGUUGUACUGUAGCAGCUGUAGUGCCCAUCAGGGUUGGGGUCAGUCUGUUGUACUGUAGCAGCUGUAGUGCCCAUCAGGGUUGGGGUCAGUCUGUUGUACUGUAGCAGCUGUAGUGCCCAUCAGGGUUGGGGUCAGUCUGUUGUACUGUAGCAGCUGUAGUGCCCAUCAGGGUUGGGGUCAGUCUGUUGUACUGUAGCAGCUGUAGUGCCCAUCAGGGUUGGGGUCAGUCUGUUGUACUGUAGCAGCUGUAGUGCCCAUCAGGGUUGGGGUCAGUCUGUUGUACUGUAGCAGCUGUAGUGCCCAUCAGGGUUGGGGUCAGUUUAGUCUCUUGUUGCCAUACCUCCAAACUCACCACAUUGUCACGCCUCCCAUUUUAGGGAAGGCGACGAGGCUAGGGUCAGUUCAAACUCAAGUGUAGAAGUGGACAAUUGAUUUCAAUUCAAAAUAAGGUUUGCAAUUCACUUUGUAAUCCGCUAUUCAUUUAAAUGACUAUCAUUUAAAUGACCGACUGGCUCGAUUCGGUCUUUUGUAGCAACAUUUGAAAUUGUGUUUGUUACAUGGGAGAAAAGUAAAGACUCAGAGCUAGAAAAUGGUAUAUCAUACACUACAGUUGAGGAACAAUGGGAAAGUUAUUCUGCUUUGAAAGUUGAUAAACUUGUAACCUCACUUUUGUGAAAAUGGUCCUUGAAUGUUUUGGUACCUACUGGAGAGCUCUUUUUUGUCUACACCCAUUCAGCAUCGUUCAGACCAUUUUAAGCUUUAGCCCACCCAUCUCUUUAAGGAUUCACAUGUGAGGCCAUGUACUAAACAACCAAAGAUUUCAAGACUAAAGGCUGGCUUAUACUACGGGUGUAUUUGUAAAUUUAAUCUGGAGUGCCAGAGUGUGCUCUGGGUGUUCAUAAACUCAGAGCGUUGUCAGACUGGCCGUUUGUAAAUUCUGAGCGUUUCGCUCUCGGAGCGUUCAAAGCGCACACUGGACACUCUGGCCGAAAAGUAGGGUUGAUCCGAGCGUUCUGCCCUAACAACAGCAGUUAAGCACCCAAGCUAACUGGCUAAAGUUGGCUAGAACAGUUCACUCUGACCAUUUUACUCGCCUUAGCAGAGCUGGUUAGGCUGUUUUUAUGUUAUCCAGAGCGUUGGUGACUGCAACUCUGCUGCUGGCAACAAUUUAAUUACGCUUUUUCCCCAACGUUUACUGACACCGGCCAUAUUCAACGGGUGUUGAGUGUUCGUAAAUUCGUCAGUUAUUCUGCGCUCUGGCACACUCAGACAAGAGUGCUCUGAAAUCGGAGUAGAUAGCCAGAGCAAAUGUAUCAGCUACAUCUAUCGACAGUUGUAGCAGUGACAUCAUAAACAUUCUAUUGAAUAGUUACUUGCAUAGCGGAGACUUUUGUUUAGACAUGUAGCUAGCUAGCUAAACAAUGAACCAUCAUUUACAUUUACAUUUAAGUCAUUUAGCAGACGCUCUUAUCCAGAGCGACUUACAAAUUGGUGCAUUCAACUUAGGAUAGCCAGUGGGACAACCACCCCCUUUUUUUUAUUUUUUAUGGGGGGGUAGAAGGAUUACUGUUAUACUAUUCCAGGUAUUCCUUAAAGAGGUAUAAUAAUCCCAACUCAUAACGUUAUUUCCCUGCAUGAAUCUGCAGGUAGCUAACCAACCAGGUUCAAUGUUAGCUAGCUAACAUUAGUCUGUAACUAGCAAUGCAAAUGACUCUGAGAUACUACUAAUAUUACUACACAGAUCAUACAUGUAACGUUAGCUAGCUAGCCAGCCAGCUAACGUUAACUAGCUAGCUAACAGUACACUUUAACUUGAAAUGAAAAUUACUUUCUGACAACAUUUGAAACAUGUAAUAUCUGAAAAUGUAGCUAGCUAGACUCUCUUACCCGUAUACAUGGAUGGAUGCUUCUCCCUCUCUGUCACGGAUGCCAUUGUUGUCCUUAGUUUGAAGAUGCAAUCCAGAGACAGGUGUUUGAUACCACAGGCUUCUGUGUGUUCUCUUUUUGACUACGUCUGCAUAUUUGCAAUCAAACGCCAGCAUUUUCUCCAUCUCCUUAGCUAUCAUACUCUAAUUCCACUGAUUUCAGAACACGGUCCUCCAGAAAGUGGAGAGCAACACUUAUGCAGGUCUACUACGUGAUAUCUUUCAAACAAGCUGCGUUAGAAAGGAUUACCUACACAUACUGACCAGCUCAUAUUAUAGACAGAAGCGUGCUACAUGGCAGACCAAACUGAACUCAUCUCUCGGCAUGUCCAGCUCACUCAUUAUCUCAGCCAAUCAUGGCUAGCGGGAAGGUUGCUGUCUUUUUCUGUGCUAAACCAACUAGGCUCGUAAUUUAACAAUUUUAUUCGUAUUUACAGAUGGCAUACAAGUUUGUUAUUGAGGCACAUGAAAGUUCACAUGUUCCAGAAGGCAUUUCUGCCAGAAAAUGCAUUUAGAUUUUUUAAAAGUUCAAAUGGCUCUCCUGUGAAGUAGUGACGCGCGACAUACGCCUAGUUUCCUAAAAUGAGUCACCAAUAUUCCUUGGUGAAAAAGCAGUCGAAUGUCCAAGCCCUUAGCCCAACCCCCUGCUUAACACUCGCCCCACUUCCACUUCGCUGUGGUACCCCCAUGGUGGGAGAUCCAGGGGGUCCCUCAGAUCUCCUAUGCCCAGAUUCCCUCACCUCGGCAGGGAUCAGAGUCACUGAGAGCCCCUGGUGGCAUGAAGCCUCUCCUACUCUGACAGACCAGCCGUAAAGUACAGAAGGCCAGGCAGUAUAAUCAAAGGCUGAGGAGCAGUGUGAACAUGCAUCACACAGUGUGCAGGAGAGAGUGGAACAUAGAGGACGGCUCAUAGUAAUGGAUGGCAUGGAGUGAAUGGAAUGGUAUCUAACACAUGGAAAACCAGGUGUUUGAUGAGUUCGAUACCAUUCCAUAUAUUCCGUUCCAGCCAUUACUAUAAGCCCGUCCUCCCCAUUUAAAGUGCCACAAGCCACCACUGCUACAGUACUACACACCCACACACCCACACACUCCCUCAAGGUGCACACACAGACACACACACAGUCACACACACACACACACACACACAUACACACACAGUCACACACAUACACACACACACAUACACAUACACAUUCACACACACACACACCCUUAAGGAGCACACAUGAAAAACUAAAAAAGUGCUUUCUUAUUUUUACUGAACCACAUUAAACCAAAUCUCAAUGGCCCAUUACCCCCUUUCCCCUUUCAACUGUAGACAUGGUCUGACAUGGUCUGACAUUAAACAUACCUCAAGCAGCCUCACUGGGGAAUAAAGUCAAGCAUUAGACUAAAAUAAACAUUGAAUUAUGCAUGACGAUGACCUCCAUCCUUAGUAUAAAUAAACAUACAGUAUCACUGAGAGCCACACGCAGUCACAGAUGCAACAUGGUCACAGUUUUCAACACAGUGUGGUAGGAUAUAGGGGUCAAUGAAGAUUAUAUUACCUGAGUUUGAGGUCAGACGACAGAGGUCUCUCUCUAUUUCUCUGACAGUCCCAAUUUGCCCAGUGAAGCACUUUUUCAGAUUCUCAGAACUCUUUGCAGGCGGUCUCAGAGAGUUGCAGGGCCGGGACAGGGAGGGAGGACAGAUUGACUGAUGGAAGUAUCUGGCCCUCUGUAACCUUGGCCGUGGUGCGGGAGGCCAAGAUUCAUGAUACCGGGGGUGGCAGAGGGCGCAUGAAUUAAACAUUCUGGAUUACAGAAACAGUUAGAGCUCGUUUGCAUAAGUGAUUAUUCUGGUCUGGUAGUAACAUUGCUAAUUAAAACCAAUGAAGCACUGAAUCAGGUGAGGAGGGACAGAAACCGCUGACAGAAACCACCAUCAGGUUAUAAGCAUCAGACAGACUGUGUGUGUGUGGGUGAGUGUGUGAGUGUCAUUCUCUGCCGUUGAGAGUCUGCCUGCUGGUUGGACUGUGGGAUGCCGGGUCAUAGGUCACUGAUCUGAUCUGCUUUAGGCUCUGCUGGACUAGACACGAAAGGGAAGGCUUUUAGGAGGCUUAUAGUUUGUGUGAUGUAAUCAGUGUAUUGUGUUGUACUAGUACUGUAUACUGUAAUUGACUUGACUGAGACAUCAUUAUUUAUCUGGUUCCUUUAUGAUACUUUGAUCAAUUUUCAGAGGCUGCUUGUUUUUUUUCUCUCCAUUUCACUCCCUGUCUCUUUAUCUCCAUUUCAUUCCCUAUCUCUUUAUCUCCAUUUCAUUCCCUGUCUCUUUAUCUCCAUUUCAUUCCCUCUGUCUGUUUAUCUCCAUUUCAUUCCCUCUGUCUCUUUAUCUCCAUUUCAUUCCCUGUCUCUUUAUCUCCAUUUCAUUCUCUGUCUCUUUAUCUCCAUUUCAUUCCCUCUGUCUCUUUAUCUCCAUUUCUUUCCCUGUCUCUUUAUCUCCAUUUCAUUCCCUCUGUCUCUUUAUCUCCAUUUCAUUCCCUGUCUCUUUAUCUCCAUUUCAUUCCCUGUCUCUUUAUCUCCAUUUAAUUCCCUCUGUCUCUUAUCUCCAUUUCAUUCCCUCUGUCUCUUUAUCUCCAUUUCAUUCCCUCUGUCUCUUUAUCUCUAUUUCAUUCCCUCUGUCUCUUUAUCUUCAUUUCAUUCCCUGUCUCUUUAUCUCCAUUUCAUUCCCUCUGUCUCUUUAUCUCCAUUUCAUUCCCUCUGUCUCUUUAUCUUCAUUUCAUUCCCUCUGUCUCUUUAUCUUCAUUUCAUUCCCCCUGUCUCUUUAUCUCCAUUUCAUUCCCUCUGUCUCUUUAUCUUCAUUUCAUUCCCCCUGUCUCUUUAUCUCCAUUUCAUUCCCUGUCUCUUUAUCUCCAUUUCAUUCUCUGUCUCUUUAUCUCCAUUUCAUUCCCUCUGUCUCUUUAUCUCCAUUUCAUUCCCUCUGUCUCUUUAUCUCCAUUUCAUUCUCUGUCUCUUUAUCUCCAUUUCAUUCCCUCUGUCUCUUUAUCUCCAUUUCAUUCCCUCUGUCUCUUUAUCUCCAUUUCAUUCUCUGUCUCUUUAUCUCCAUUUAAUUCCCUCUGUCUCUUUAUCUCCAUUUCAUUCCCUCUGUCUAUUUAUCUCCAUUUAAUUCCCUCUGUCUCUUUAUCUCUAUUUCAUUCCCUCUGUCUCUUUAUCUUCAUUUCAUUCCCUGUCUCUUUAUCUUCAUUUCAUUCCCCCUGUCUCUUUAUCUCAAUUUCAUUCCCUCUGUCUCUUUAUCUUCAUUUCAUUCCCCCUGUCUCUUUAUCUCCAUUUCAUUCCCUCUGUCUCUUUAUCUCCAUUUCAUUCCCUGUCUCUUUAUCUCCAUUUCAUUCCCUCUGUCUCUUUAUCUCCAUUUCAUUCUCUGUCUCUUUAUCUCCAUUUCAUUCCCCCUGUCUCUUUAUCUCCAUUUCAUUCCCUGUCUCUUUAUCUCCAUUUAAUUCCCUCUGUCUCUUUAUCUCCAUUUCAUUCCCCCUGUCUCUUUAUCUCCAUUUCAUUCCCUCUGUCUCUUUAUCUCCAUUUCAUUCCCUCUGUCUCUUUAUCUCCAUUUCAUUCCCUCUGUCUCUUUAUCUCCAUUUCAUUAUCUGUCUCUUUAUCUCCAUUUCAUCCCCUCUGUCUCUUUAUCUCCAUUUCAUUCCCUCUGUCUCUUUAUCUCCAUUUCAUUCCCUCUGUCUCUUUAUCUCCAUUUCAUUCCCUCUGUCUCUUUAUCUCCAUUUCAUUCUCUGUCUCUUUAUCUCCAUUUCAUUCUCCGUCUCUUUAUCUCCAUUUCAUUCCCUGUCUCUUUAUCUCCAUUUCAUUCCCUCUGUCUCUUUGUCUUCAUUUCAUUCUCUGUCUCUUUAUCUCCAUUUCAUUCCCCCUGUCUCUUUAUCUCCAUUUAAUUCCCUCUGUCUCUUUAUCUCCAUUUCAUUCCCUCUGUCUCUUUAUCUCCAUUUCAUGCCCUCUGUCUCUUUGUCUUCAUUUCAUUCCCUCUGUCUCUUUAUCUCUAUUUCAUUCCCUCUGUCUCUUUAUCUGCUUUCCCCAUUUUUAUUGGCCAUAUUUCUCAGAAGAUAUGGUUUUGUCUUUAAGGAUUAAGGAUAAGUCUUUGUAAUGUGUACAGAUUUAUAUUGGAGAUUGUCCCGGUUUUUAAAUUGAACUUUUGUUUCUAAUACCAGUCAACGCUGUAUAUUGCAGGCUUCUGUGGUAGAUUGGAAAGAAACAAUUAUUGAAAAUGUAAUUAAAGUGAUUUCCACUCUCUUGUGGAAUGUUCUUUCUCUGUCUCGCUCCUCAGUGCUCUCUGUCUUCCUCUUUUUCUGUCUCUAUCUCUCUUCUCUGGCUCUCUUUCCCCCCAUUUCCCUCUCAUUCAGGCAGACAGUAAGCUUCAGGCAGACAGUAAGCUUCAGGCAGACAGUAAGCUUCAGGCAGACAGUAAGCUGCUGCAA